UAAUAAAUUUAAGUAUUGUCACUACAUUAAAAAGUUAGAAAAUGUAAAAACAAUGAAACAAACUGUUUGUUGUAAAUCAAAAUUAUGGGUGUCAGCCUGUGGUAGAAAAGACUUAUUUUUAAAAACAGCCAUACAGCUUUAUAACAAUUAUAGAAUAUGCAAACUUCAUUUUGAAAACCCCAUGUUUUUAAAUUUUGAGAAAACCAAAUUGCAGCCACAUGCCGUCCCAAGUUAUAUUGUGAGAAAUAAUGAUAAACAAAGUUCAAAUACCUCAAAUGUAAAAUCAUACUGUCUAAAUGAUGAAAAUCAACAAGAAGAAAAUGUCUUGGAUACGACUACAUUCAGUGAAAGAAGUUUGGACAUAAGUGAGAUAGACAAAACAAUAAAUAUAUCAGAAACGGAAGAAGAUGUAUUAGAAACAGGAAUGCCAAAUGUAUCAGAAACAGGAACACAAACGCCAUUAUUACUAUCUGCCAAAUCUCCACAAAAAAUACAACUUUAUAAUGAGUUAAGAAGAUAUAAAAGAAAAAUAGCCAAUUUAGAAUUCGAAUUACAACAAGCAAAAAAAAGCAAAAAAAGGAAGAUAUUAAUUCUUUAGACGUAUUGCUAGACAAAUAUUUUCUGCAACAGACAUCCGAGUUUAUAAAAAUUCAAGUUCGUCUUUUUCAAAAAGAUGCAAAAGGUAGAAGAUAUAGUAAUGCUUCAUUUAAAUAAUAUUGUUUAUCUAUAUAUUUUUCAAGUCCUAAAGUAUAUAAAGAUUUAGCAACUAAAUUAUUUUGUUUACCAAGUAUUACAACUUUAAAAGUAUUUUCAUAAAAUUGUUAUAUAAAUCCAGGUUUACAUGAAAACAUAUUUCAAAUAUUAAAAAUUAAAGCUGAUUACAGUCUAACAGAAAUUAACAAAUACUGUGUACUUUGCAUGGAUGAAAUGUCUUUAAAAUCACACUUAUAUUAUAACAUAACAACAGAUAAAGUCAUAGGAUUUGAAGAUGUAGGAUAUUCACAAAAUUACUCACAAUUGCCUGUACGUAAUGUAGCAGUGAUUAUGGUGAAGAGUAUUUGUAAUCCAUGGAAACAAUCACUAAGUUAUUUUUUUUAAACUCUUUAAUAAAAGCUUCUGAUUUAACAAGAAUUUUACAAGAAGCAGUGAGAAAACUAAAAAGCAUUGAUUUAAACGUUGUUGCUCUUAUAUCAGAUAUGGGUUCCAACUUUUAUCAGUUAAUACAAAUAUUAAACAUUAAUGAUAAAAAUCCAUAUUUUACAAUAGACGGAGAAAAAAUAUAUUAUAUUUUUGAUACUCCUCAUUUGAUAAAAGCAACUAAAAAUAAUUUACAUAAACACAAUUAUGUAUAUGAGGAUAAAAUUGCUUCAUGGAAACAUAUAGAAGAGAUUUACACAAUAGAUAAAAAGGCACAAUUUAGAGCAGCUCCUAAAUUAACAGAUAAACAUAUUAAUCCAAGUAAUUUAAAAAAAAUGAAAGUUAAAUAUGCAACACAGAUAUUAAGUCGCUCAGUUUCAGCUGGUUUAAACACAUAUAUUAGUUUAGGUUCUUUAUCUACAGCGGCUAUUUUCACAGUAGACUUUAUAGAAAGAUUUAACAAAUUAUUUGACAUUUAAAUUCUUCAAAACUUUACAGCAGUAAUCCUAAUAAACAAGCAUUCAUAAAUACAAAUGAGCAAGUUACUUUUCUUAAUGAAACAAUAAAAUUUUUACAACACGUAAAAGUAAUUACAAAAGAUGGAAAGGAUGUAACAAAUUCUAUUAAAUCAAUAAAAUGUUGGAUUAUUACAAUUAAUUCUAUCCUACAAUUAUGGAAUCAUUUAAAACAAUUAUUACCUUCUUUUAAAUACUUAUUAACCAGACGACUAAAUCAAGAUCAUUUAGAAAACUUUUUCGGUGCCGUACGUAAACAAAAUGGAAAUGCAUUUAAUCCAACGCCAAUACAAUUUUAUUAUAGCUUUAAAAAACUAUUCUGUAUUGAUUACAUUAAAAUAGAAAGUGGAAAUUGCAUAGUUGAUGAAGAAUCACUAUUAAUUCAAUGUCAGGACAUUCGAGAAACACAAAAUGUGAUAUUCCAAACAUCUUCAGAAACAAUAUCUUUAAAUUUAGAAAUAGAUAAUUAUGAUUAUCGUCAUUUGCCAGUAACCGAAGAAAAUGUUUUUGUCUACAUUUGUGGAUAUCCCUUGCGCCGCGUUUUUAUUAAACAUUUUUGUGAUACAUGUGCAUUACUAGCCAAAGAAGUCUGCAAUUUAGAUGAAGCUUAUUUAUAUUCUCAUUUUAAAGCAUAUGAUACAAAUGAUAAUAUAUAUGGCAGUUUAUACGUACCAAGUGCUACAUUUGUUAAUUAUAUCACAGAAUUGCAUAUAAAAUUUUUUGAAAAUAUUAAUAUUAUAAAUCAAACAAAUGUUAUGCAAAAGUUUAUGCAAAUUUUGUCUACUGUUCAAUUCUCAUAUCCU